UUAAGUUAGGGUAUUGACCCGUACCAUUGAGCCGGAGAGAUCCCCCGAGUGUCUGCCACCGGAGACGCUUUCAGUUUCAGCCUAUUUGAUCAUGGGAGCAUGUAAGUACAUGUCGGGGUUAUGGAGGAACAAGCAGUUAGAUGGGGUGAGGCUUCUGUUAGAAAUGAGGUUUUGGAAUUACGCCCAGAGUCGUUCAGUUUCGCAUGCUAUGCGGCCUUUGCAGAUUGAUGAGGCUCACCGGCUGGGCGACGAGGCCAAUCAGUUGCUUGUUCUAUUGAAGUCAGGUUGUGAAAGACAGCAUACUCUUCACACAAACGACAUGAUUAAGGACGUACUGCGAGCUAAUGGAAUCCCUGCUCUAAGUGAUUGUAUUUAUCGCUAUCCAUUUCACUUCAAACAAACCUGUGGGACAAACACCAUGAUUCCUUUCUUCACUAGAUCCUUUUCAUCAAAAGCUUCAGAGCGACCAAGACAAACAGGAUCAAAUAAGCAACCAGGACAAACUGGAUCUGAGUCUAAAAAAGAGAUAUCAACUGUGGAGGAUCCCUUUGAUGCUCCCACAUAUAAUAUCCCACAGAAGCCAGUGACAUUUGUAGAGGGGGCCUCCUACACUGCUAUCAUUCUUGCAGGGCUUGGAGUUGCAGCAGCAGCUGGAUAUGCUGUUUUCAAAGAGCUUAUCUUUCAACCCAAAGAGUACAAGGUCUUUAACAAGGCUUUGAAAAGGAUUCAGGAUGACAGCCAGGUUAGGGUGAGGAUUGGAUCCCCAAUUACUGGCUAUGGUCAAGAAAGUAGAAAUCGUGCUGCUCGCCAACGCAUUCCGAACAAGAUAUGGACUGAUGAAGAUGGUGUGGAGCAUGUAGAGGUUAAUUUUUAUAUACGCGGACCGCAUGGUGCGGGGAAAGUAUACUGUGAGAUGUUCAAGGACCAAGCAGACAAGCAGUGGAAGUAUACAUAUUUGAUUGUUGAGAUCAAAUCACCAAGCCCUUCACAAAUGAUUCUAGAGUCUUAUAUGCCGGCGUAUAACGUGGACAACAAGUAGUCAGAUUGUGACAAGAUUUAUCUCUGUACCCAAUAACAUGGAGAAGAUACCAACCUAGUCCUGUUGAUAGCCAUCCUUCUCAUUCUUAAUUUUCCUUUCAACUCUUUGGAAAGGGUUGAGUUUGAUUUUGAAGUCCAAAUUUUGAUUAUGACAAGAAGUCCACCAUUUACUGAGAGAGCAUUAUAUUUCGUCAGAUUUACUUGGAGUGGUUCAUAUAUUCUGUUGCAUAUGUAUCGAGUUAGGGUAAGAUUACUGUUUCAGGCUUAUCCAAAUAUGACAAUAACCUCGGGCAGACCGAGGUUGUUGGAAGGAAAAACAUGAAUCAUAGUAAAACCAUUUCUUUUGGUAUGAA